CAAACGUCAAAACAAAUCAGAGAAAAUAUUGACGUAUAGCUGCGGCUGAAGACGAUUAAUGAACUUUCUGAAAAGUGGCCUCCAAACGGUGCUGGGUUCGCAAGAGCCCGGCACCCUUCCAACGGGAGCUGAAACCGUGGAACGAUUAGUGGAGCGUGUCAGCUCGUCGACGUUGUUGGAAGACCGGCGGGAUGCUUGCCGAGCGCUGAGGGCCCUCUCGAAGAAGUAUCGUGUGGAGGUGGGUGUUCAGGGAUUUCCAGCGCUGUUGCAAGUGAUGGAAAUGGACCGUGCCGAUCCGGAGAUUAUAGGGUACUGCUUGGACACACUGUGUCACGUUACAUCGAGGGAACCAUUUGAAGAGGAAGCUGAUAAUCCAAAUAUAACCGUGCACAUUGGAGAGCAAUUUACGGAAAUAUUCAUAAAGUCGGUUGAAAAUGUUACUCUGGUGUUGAACUGCUUAGAGGAGUAUGACUUUCGAGUACGAUGGUCAGCAAUUAAGCUGUUGACCGAGCUGUUGGCGAACAAGCCCAAGGAGAUUCAGGAAAUUGUUCUGGUCAGCCCGAUGGGCGUUUCGAAACUGAUGGACCUACUGAUUGACAGUCGGGAGGUGAUCAGAAACGAUGCUCUACUGCUGUUAAUUCAGCUAACAAAAGGGAAUGCCAACAUCCAGAAGAUUGUGGCUUUCGAGAAUGCUUUCGACAGGUUGUUUGAUGUGAUCAAAGAGGAAGGAAACUUAGAUGGUGGAAUCGUCGUAGAGGAUUGCUUGCUGUUGAUGUUGAAUUUACUGAAGAACAACCCAAGCAAUCAACAAUUUUUCAAGGAAGGAUCUUAUAUUCAACGGCUGGCGCCAAUGUUUGUUAUUCCACCGGAACAGGAAGAAAUCGGUAUGACCCCGCAGAAGAUAUCGAAUAUGUUACGCAUGCUGCAGAUUGUAAGAGCAUUGGUCAGUCCUAAUAAUUCCCAGCAUGUCGUCACAUCUUGUCAGAAAGCCAUGCGAAGUUCAGGACUUUUGGAAGGUUUGUGUAACAUCAUCAUGGGUAGUGGAGUAUCGCCAGAUAUUCUCACGGAAACGAUCAACACAGUGGCGGAAGUUAUCCGCGGAGAUGUGAAUAACCAGGAAUAUUUCAAUUCCGUAAUGGCUCCCAGUAAUCCGCCACGACCUGCACUGAUUGUUCUACUGAUGUCGAUGGUCAACGAGAAACAGCCUCUACCGUUACGCUGUGCUGUACUGUAUUGCUUCCAGAGUUAUUUAUACAAAAAUGAAGCGGGUCAAAAUGCGCUCGUUCAAACACUGCUGCCCUCGACUGCGCAAAUUUCGUCCCUCACUUCAGGUCAACUGUUAUGCGGUGGUCUCUUCAGUACCGAUCCGCUCUCCAAUUGGUUUUCAGCUAUUUCCUUGGCACAUGCCCUACUCGAAAACCCAACACAAAAGGAACAACUGCUUCGAGUGCUACUGGCCACUUCGGUGGGAAGUACUCCAGUUUCUCUCCUCCAGCAGUGCACACAACUUCUACAGCAAGCUAACUGUAAAUUCCAAAGCAAGGUGGCUCUGCUCAUGCUCCUAGCCGUUUGGCUAAGUCACUGUCAGCUGGCCGUCAAAACAUUCCUAUCCUCGCCGGGAAGUGUAGCCUAUCUCAUCGCACAAAUAGCUGCCAACGAGCAUGAUGAUAACGAGUAUCUUAUUCAAGGACUCUGCGCCUUUUUGAUGGGAAUCUGCAUCCAAUUCAAUGACAACAGCGUCCAGAGUAACAAGCGGGACGAUCUUUGCCAACUGUUGGUCAAACGCAUCGGACUGGAAACGUACAGUGCCAAGUUAGGCGAAGUGUCCAAACACGAGAACUACAGCCGCUCGGCCAAGCAGCCACAGAUUAGAAUACGAUCCAGCUCGGAUCUACUGUUGGACUACGAGUUCUGCAAACUGUUCAAGGCACUGGAAUCCGCCAUAACAAUAACGGUAAAUGGCUUUGGUAGCGGAGCAGACAACAUCAACGAGCUGACGCUUAGUCAAGAAGCUUCCGGUUUGGUUGGUCAGUACAAGGACAUCAUACGGGAUCAAGAUAGCCGUUUGCAGAAACUUCAGGAGCAAAUGAGAAACUUUGAAACGGAAAAUAUGCUAUUAAAGGCACAACUUGAACAAGCGCAAAACACCAACGCUCAGUUGUCGGAUCAAAAUAUACUGCUCAAGGCACAGCUACAGGCUGCAUCGGAUCUGCAGAAAAGCCAACAGCAGCAGUCUCCAUUCCAUUUGCUUCCCACUCAAGGCGAAAACGUAAACCAUCAGGUGGAAGCCCUCGAAAGCAAGCUGGCGGCGGUUACCAUUCAGCAGCAGGAUCAGCAAUCCCGUGCUAGCUAUUUCGAGGCAGAGAAUAGACGGCUUUUGAACGAGAUAGAACAGCUCAGACAGCGGGUCACCGAGGCGGAAAAGUCAGCUGAAGAGGGCAAAAGUGAUCUGGAAAAGCUGCAGAAGGAUCAGGAGGAUUUGAUGGAAUUGCUAACCGAUCAAGAGAACAAAAUGAGGAGCUACCGACACACUUUGAAGAAUCUGGGACACAAAGUUGAAGACGACAGUGAGGAAGACGAACCAGAUGUCGACGGUACUAAAAAUGUGUAAUUUUUACAAUGAGUAUUCCAAACAGUUCGAUUUUGUUGUUCAGCUUGUUAUUUUUUUAUUUUUUGUUUAUACAUUUAUGUUGUGAAAUUCUUGCAUGCUCGACCUUGGUAGCCACGAAACAGUCAAGUUGCAUAAUUAGUAAAUAAUAUUUACUAUUCGCCUAUUAGAAUAAAAUAAUUCAAUCCAUUA